AUGCUGGAUGAGCAACACCCACCACAACCAGGCAUACCCGGCGAUGACAACACCUACGUGCUGGGACGCAUCCACCGACACAACGUCGCCAUGGCCUGCCUGCCUGGGCAAUACGGGACGAACAACGCUGCAAUCGUCGCGACAAACGUGAAGCGAAGUUUUCCCAGCAUUCGCGCCACCCUGAUGGUCGGCAUCGCCGGCGGAUCCCCAAGCCAGGCCGAUUUGUACCUGGGCGACGUAGUCGUCGGCACGAGGGUGAUGCAGUAUGACAUGGGCAAGGCACUCGGGGACGGCCACUUCCAAGGAACAGCCAUCCCGAAGACUCCUGCACCGCUGCUGAAUUCGGCCGUGUCCACUUUGCGAUCGAAGCAAUCCAGCGAUCGAAUAGCCUCCUACGAACACCACCCUCUCCGUGCGCCAACAUGUAAUGACUGCGACCCGAAAAAGCUGCAGCCACGAGCCGGUCGUCUCUCUGACGAACCCAAGAUCCACUACGGAGUCAUCGCUUCAGCCAACAGGGUUAUGAGAAACGGAAAGGAACGAGAUGAGAUUGCCCGGCUGCAUUCGGCGCUGUGUUUUGAGAUGGAGGCAGCAGGCAUGAUGGAUAACGUCCAGUGCUUGCCGAUUCGCGGCAUUUGCGACUACUCAGAUUCCCAUAAGAACAAAGUGUGGCAGGACUAUGCCGCUGCGACGGCGGCCGCAUACGCAAGGGAACUGCUGGAAGUGAUUCCGGCUUCAUCGGGGGAACUCAGCCGGGCUAAUACCACACGCUUCAACAACGCGAGCGAGCCCGACACUGCUGGUAAUGAAUUCCUUCCUUGA